GAAAAAACAAGUGAGAAAGGAAAAAGGUCUACUCGAUGAGAAAGAGUGAGCGAGCGUGUACAGUGUGAGUGAGCGGGAAGGAAAUAGAACAACAACCACACCGCAGGAAGAGCGAGUGAAACAGCCAGACUGUGUGUGUGUGUGUAGCGAGAUAGAAGUGACAGGAGAGUGAAAGUGUUGUGUGUGCGCGCGCGCGCGUGCAUCUCCCCGAGCACUUUCGCACGUGGACAGUAGAGAAAUGUCAUCCACAGCACCGGUAACGGUGAAACAGGAGCGGCACGAUGAGGCCGAAAUUAAUGAAAUGGCGGCAAAGAUAGUGGAGGCACACAAGCAACAAUCGGCCAAAGCAGCAGCAGCGGCCGUCCAACAACCGCAGGCAGCUCCAGCCCGUCCAACGGCGGUGGGCACGCUAACGGCCAACGGUGUCACACCCGGCCAAGCAAACAUACUGAACUAUCUAACGCGCAAACCAACCACAAACCUGCCAGCAAACGCCACCAACCUAGCGAUGGCAGCGACGAGCGGUGGUGUCACGGCCCCAACGAUAGCACUCCCGCUCGGAAGUGGCCAAAGUGUGGCCUCAAAUGGAAGCGGCAAAGCGUACGAUGGUGGCGGAUCGGACCUGAACGGAAGCGGCGAGAAGAAGGUGAACGACGACGAAAGCCACAAGGGCCGGUUUGGGUGGGAAGUGUUCCCGGGAAAGGUGCACAUCCCGUUCAUCCUGCGCCAGCAGGAGCGCUACUGUGCGGUGCGCAUGGUCGAGAUGAAGCUGCUGAACAAGUACCUCAACUAUCUGCACCAGGACAUCUACACGUGCACGUGCGUGCGAUCGUACUACAUCACCGAGGCGGAGUGCAAGCUGUUGAACGAGAUCAACCAGAAGCAGUGCGACAUGCACUUUGGACGGGAACUGUUCACGCUGAAGGACCUGGUCGUGCGCGUGUCCGACGCGUACAAGUUCUACCAGUUUCUGGACGUGUGCUACAAGAAGCUGCUGACCGGGUGCAGCACACCGAACGAGAAGUGUGGCUUCAUCCGCAUCAACAAGGAGUCCGUCGUGCCGUACACCGUGCGGGACUACCAGAAGAUGGUGCCGCUGUUCUACUUCGAGGGUGAAACCGACAACCUCAAGCUGAAGGCGGACAACCUGUCCGGGUGGGACCUAUCGUAUCUUAAGUUUUGCUGCAAGGUGCAGGGCAUCCGGAACGAGCUGUUUGCCAGCGAUUCGGUGGCGGUUAUCAGCCUGACCGACAUCAAGGGUUACUUUCCGCCCGGGACGGACUUUGAGGAUUACUGGCCAAGCAAGGUGGUCGAUUCGCAGCUGCUUUCGGGGCCGAAAACUAACACCGUCCACUGGACGCGACAGCCGGCUCAACCACCACCGAAAGCUCCCGCUAUGAUGAAUAAUGCACCCACGCGGAAGGCGACGAACAACGUUUAUCAGACGCUGCAAACGCAACAGAAUCUUGCCAAAACGAACAACCAAAUGAACACCAUUACCGCUGCGGUACAGGCUCUCACACAAAACUGGAACAUGGUGUCGCAGAACCAUCCCAAUCUGCUUGCCGCCCAGCAGGAACAACUGUUGCGGCUUAGCCAGGCACAACAGGCGGCGCAAGCACAGGCGCAGAUCCGCAACAUCCAGAACAUGCACUCGAUGCAGCAGUACAACUCUUACCUGACCAACGCCAUGUCGUUGACGCCCCGGUCGUCACAAAACCAACCGGUACCGCCGCCCCUGGUCCGGUCGGCCCAGGUACAAGCGCAUCUGUCGAGUGGUGGCGUUGGUGCGUCCUCAGCCUUGCGCUCGACUCCGAGCGCCAGUAGUAGUGGCGGUGGCAAUACCUUACCGAACCUAAAUCCUGCCUUGUCAAUAUUCGCAACCUCCAGCAAUCCCAACGGAACGGUCAAUUUGUCCCGCCUGAACCAACAGCAGAUAAGCGAGCUUACGAUGGCCAGCGGGUCCGGAUUAACGGGCAACGGUGGCACCAGCUCUGGUACCGGAAAGACGAAUGCCUCCCGACAUGUGACCAAUGCAGCCCAUGCAGCUGCUGUUGCCCGACCACCGAGCAGCGGUGUUGAUGGAUUUUCGCUGGGACGGAACGUAACCAUCACGCCAACAGGAGGAGCAGGAGGAGGAAGCAAGAGAAGCGCAGCAAGUACCUUGGACGAGCUUGCGACCGGAAUGCAUAUUGCAGCGUCGAUGGCAGGUUACAGCGGUUACGGGGCAGGCAACAGCAGCAGCAGCAGCAGCAAGCAGGCAUCGGUAGCGUAUCCGAAGAAUCCGAUCUCUAUCACGGCCGUACCGGUUGGUUCACCGACACGUGCCUCCCCGAAGGGUGGUCAGGCAAGGCAACCGCCACCGGCGUUGAUACCGGUGGGUGGCACUGGCGAGCUGUUGGAUCGGUUCGCUACCAACGGUGUCGAUUUGCUGGCGCACCUGCAGACGCGGCUUAGCAAAGAUUUAGAGAUCAUAAACGAGCGUUUGCUCGGUCCGGAUCGCAACCGUGGCGGUGACAAUCCGGUGGCCGGUGAUCUGCCGGCUCGCGAGCGAAAUGGCAACAGCAGCAGCAACAGCAGCAGUAGACACUUACCAUCGUACCGGGAAGGCACCGGCAGCAGCAGCACCAGCACCACCACCGGCUCUGGUGCGGUAGCUUCUAGCGUAAUUGUGCACGAUAAAAGUAGAUCGAACGGUGGAAGGAUCGAUUAUCCUCGAAAUCACAGUGUUAUAACCAGUACCAAUGGUGCGAUUGGCGGUGGUGGCGAUGAGCUUGUUGCAAGCUUUACCGCUAGAGGUGUUGAUGGAAGCUCGCACUAUCUAAACGCGCUUAUCGCCGCGAGACUAUCGGAAGUAAUCGAUCUAUCUUCUACCCCAAGGUCCAACAUAACGGGUGCCUCGUUGCCCCAGCAUUUAGCGGUCGCGCAACAGGCCGCUGCCGUAGCGGUCGCACAGCAGCAACAGCUGUCCGUGUCGUCGGGCAAGCGGUCGGCUUCCGGUUCGACGGGACUGUCCGGGAGUCGCUCGAGCGCGAUCAGUAGCUCCUCCAGCGGUGCCGGCGGAAGUGGGAACGGGACCGGUGCCGCAUCAAACAGUUACCGCAACGCGAACGCUGCCGUGCUGCAGCAGCUCCAGCAGCAGCAUCAACAGCAGCAGGCUCAGCAGCAACAGCAGCAGCAGCAGCAGGUGCAGCAUCAACAGCACGCGGCAGCAACGGCUGCGGCGGCGGCUGCAAUCAACAGUUUAGCGGAAUCGCGCCAUGGCAGUAACGUGAUCGUGUUGCCGGAGAUGAACAUUAGCGUGACGCAGUUUAAGCCGUACGAGGUGGUGAAGCGACCGGUCGAGAACAAGAUCAUCUACUGCGUGAACAAGACGCCGUACCGGACGACCGAAUAUCUAAUGACGCUGUUCGACCUGAAGGAUGUCUUUUUCCCGUACAUUAGUCUGGAAGUUUGUCGGCGCGUGCUAAACGCGUUGGACAUUAACAUUUUCAUCGGCAAUAGCUUGCAGUAUCAGGUGCUGAUGGAAGCUGGUCGCACGAAUGUCGACAAAAUGCCGAUGGUGCAGGUGUCGGAUGUGGUCACAUUUAUGCCCCAGCUGCAGUACAUGAUCCGGAGCAGCAAUCUGAACCAGGAAACGCAGGCCAACAAGCGGGCCCGUAUCAGCUAG